AAGUUUCAACGUUUUGCAACUCUGGCGCAGGUAGACUAAUCGAUUAAAUGCAAAACGCACAUCGUAAUCAGAUUUCGUGUUUCUCUGGCUUUACUGAAUUUCAAGUCUUCCUAAAAGCGUAGACAGACGAUCGCUCCAAAGCGCUGGAGCAAAUACGUAUCAAAAUUCAAAAUAAAACUACCUUUUUCGCACCGACUACGCUGCUCAUCCUCAAAAACCUAUCGAGUCUUGAGGAAUUAAUAUAUAAUUGUGAUCAACAUGCCGAACAUUAAACUGCAAUCGUCGAAUGAAGAGAUAUUCGAUACGGACAUACAAAUCGCCAAAUGUUCGGGCACAAUUCGCACUAUGCUGGAGGAUUGUGGCAUGGAGGACGAUGAGAAUGCCAUUGUGCCCUUGCCGAAUGUAAAUUCGACAAUUUUGCGAAAGGUUCUGACGUGGGCCAAUUAUCACAAAGAUGAUCCGCAGCCCACCGAGGAUGAUGAGAGCAAAGAGAAACGCACUGAUGACAUCACAUCGUGGGAUGCCGAUUUUCUCAAAGUUGAUCAGGGCACAUUGUUUGAACUGAUUUUGGCUGCUAACUAUUUGGAUAUUAAGGGCUUGUUGGAGCUCACCUGCAAGACUGUCGCCAAUAUGAUCAAAGGCAAGACACCGGAGGACAUUCGAAAGACGUUCAACAUCAAAAAGGACUUCACUCCCGCCGAGGAGGAGCAGGUGCGCAAGGAGAACGAAUGGUGUGAGGAGAAAUAACAGAUUCUCGCCACUGAUCCCCUAAUGGGAAUCAAAUCAAAAUACCACACUUUGAUGACAAUUGAGCAAAGGAUCACAACAAACACACAAAUUCCGUGAAUGGCACAAAAAAACAAAAUGAACAUUUAACAUUUAUCUAGCUUAUAAAUAAACAUGAAAGUUAACAGAGAUAUGUACACACAUAAAAUAUUUGUACGAAAAAAUCAAAAUUAAAUACAUAUACUCAACAGAAAAGAAAAGAAAAGAAA